AUGAUGUUAAAUCCGAUUGAAAUCGUUUGCUUCUAUGUGGCUCAACCGAUUAUAGACUUCUUGGCAUAUUUGCUGAAUGAUGUGCACUAUCUGGUGUUUCUAGCCGCGAUUUGUAUGAUUGGAGUAUUCUUUGGGAUUGGCAUGGGCAUCGUAUCCGUUAUAUGGUAUAAGUAUGGAAACGUGAAAAAAAUUGAAAAGGAACAAUAUGAUGGGCCCGAAUAUGAAGGCUACUCGACAAAUGGCAAGGAGAAGAAUGAAUAGAAUACUUUUGUUGAAGAUUAAAAUAAGUUUAUUGAGCCUCACGAGUUAACUCAACUCUGUAUGAAAUUUAGAAAAUAUUACAAAAUAUUGUGACAAAGCUCUUUCCAAACAUCCAAACUUUAA